AUAAAAAUGGGCGGGGCCUAUUCCUUUCAUUUUCAUUUUCACUUUCGUUUUUAAUUUUUCUAAAUAUUUUUGGAAAACUGACUUUUGAAAAUUUUGGUUUUUGCGGGCUUCUUCAACUCCCUUCCUUCUAGUUCCCACCCAAUAAGAUAAAAAUGUCUAUCGCUAAUACUUUCAUUCUCACUUCCCAUUCCCCGCCAAAAAUAAACCCUUCAAAAUUUCUUACAGAACACAUUAAUUUCCAAAGCCCUAAUAAUCCCAAUCUAAUCCAACCUCUUCCUUUCCAAUCCUCAACUACAGCAACCAAAAAUGGAUUCAGAACUCCAUGGCUUGCCUCCACACAAAAGAUUCAGACUCAUUCACCAACAACAGAAGCUACGAGAUCAACUGAUUAUGGCCGCUCCCUUAUCUCUCCCGGCCAAAAAGCGCAAGGAGACUCGGGACCCACCUCAUCUUCUUCCCAAUUCUUACGACGUUGCCGGUGACUCUGCUUAUUCCUUGCCGGCGAAGAAAAGGGUUUGCGCACUUCCGCCUGAUAUAUUCCUCGAGAAACGGGUUUCGAGCUUCGACCUUAAUGCCGUGUACAAUCCAGCAUUCGAGGAGGAGGACAUUGUUGUGAAAUAUGAAGAAGAUCGUGAUGUUAAAAAAGCUCCAUUGUUCAGAGAAGGUGAAAUCGCGUGGGAGAUUGAAGAUGACGAAAAUGGAGGCUCUGAAAGUACAGUAAAGAAAGAAGCUGAAAUCGAUGGAUAUUUUCUGGAAGAUGACGAUGGCAUUAUCUGCGCUGUUUGCCAGAGUACAGAUGGGGAUCCUUCUGAUCCGAUUGUUCUAUGUGAUGGAUGUGAUCUAAUGGUUCACGCUUCCUGCUAUGGCGAUCCUCUCGUAAAGGGUAUUCCGGAUGGGGAUUGGUUCUGUUCUCAAUGCUCGGUAUCGAAAGGGUCUCAAAACGACAUGUCGUUUUCUUGCUGUUUGUGUCCAAAUAAAGGAGGGGCGAUGAAGCCGAUGAACGACGGCAAGUGGGCUCAUGUCGUUUGCGCUCUGUUCGUUCCUGAAGUUUUCUUUCAUGAUCCGGAAGGACGAGAAGGGAUUGAUUGUUCGAAGGUCCCAAAAAGCAGGUGGGAGCAGAGAUGUUAUCUCUGUAAACAGACUAAUGGAUGUGCUAUCAACUGCUCUGAGCCCAAAUGCCCUUUGAGUUUUCAUGUGACCUGUGGAUUGAAUGAAGAUCUUUGUUUAGAGUACAGAGAAGGGAAGAAGAAGGGUGCCAUUGUUGCCGGUUUUUGCAAACCCCACACCGAUUUGUGGAUUAAGCAACAACAAACUGGAAAGUACAAGAUUGUAGCAAGAGAUGAUUAGAAGAUGGAUCGGAUCUGCUAGUUAGAGUGUUUUAUUUUUAAUAUAGAUUGCUGUUGUAAGUUUUGUUUUUUGUUGCUGAAAAAGUUGUAGCCUUUAUUUUAUUUACUUUAAACAUAAUAGGCUGAUUGAUCAAAUAGUAAGCUGUGUCCAUUUUCAGCUGGAAAAACCAUUUAACACCUGGCUGUAGACUGUAGUGUUAUUAGAACUUAGAAAUCUUUGUACAAAAUGGGGGUCAACAGUCAACAUUACGAGUGGAUAAUCUCCUACUGCCAAAGAUAGCUGGUUGUGUAGCUUUUAUUUUGGAAGAUAAUUGAUGCGUCUUGGACCUUGGUCUCUGAUUUUUUUGCCAUACACUUAGACUUGUUAAACAAAAUAAAGUGAUCAAUAAAAAAGAAAAAAAUCAGGCAGCUUAACUCAAAUUCAUAGUCAUUCAUUGUUAGUGUUCGUGUUAAAAACAUUACAAGUUACAAGCCCAAACUGCAAUUGAACUAAAAUUGUUGCAAGUACAUACAUAUAUGGGGCAUUACAAGAGACAUAAGAACUUAGUUUCCUCAAAUUCUAAGGCUCUUUCUUUAUGAUCCCUUAGCCAAGCAUGGCAUUGUCUUCUUAUGUGACCCUCCUUACCACAAUGGUAGCAUUUCCUUUCAUCUUUCGCUUGUGAUCUGCUCUGAAAUUUCAUUCCACUACUUGGACUUCUACUUGUUUUAUUCUUUACUAUCUGAACUUGAUCCAACACUAGAUGAGCCCAAAGCUGCAAUUUUCCUCCUAGUAUCUUCCUCAAACAGUUUGCUUUUGACCAAAUACAAACAAAGCUCACCAUUAUCACUAGGAACACAAUUACAUACUGACUUUAUUAGCUCAUCUGGCAAAGAAGCCAAACGCAUAUGGGCUUUUAGAUCAUCAUCUAGUGCCACAUUCAUAGCACAAUAUACCCUUUUUGUAUUUCAUGUAGAAUAAGAUUUUAACUAAAAAAGUCUUAGUAGCCGCGGUUCUCUUCUUGAACAAAGAAUUUAAUUUCAGCCAGAGUUCUAGCAUUUGUUUCUAGAGCUACAUGAUGAAUUAAACUCUCAUCCAUACACAGCCUAAUCUUUCCAACCGCCUUUCGAUUCAGAACAUACCAUUCUUCAUCUGACAUCUCUUUGGGCCUAGCAUCAUCCCCUUCGAUGGGUUUUUUGUGCAAAUCUUCACAGUAAAGAUAAUCCUCCAUUCUCAUUUUCCAAGACACCCAAUUUGGAUUAUUAAGUUUAAUCAUGAUAUUACCAACACUAUAACCAAAUAUAUUGUAGACAACUGAAAAAACAAAAGAAAAAGGAAAGGAUAAAAGAUCAGUACUUUGUUUCGACGUUACCUUUUACGAAUUUGAAACCAAACCCCACCACCGUACUGGAACGCUUCCAAAAGAGAUCAUAGA